GUGUGAGAGAGAGAGACAGAAAGAGAGAGACAGAGAUAUAUAGUGUGGCAGAGAGAGAGAGAGACAGAGAUAGAUAGGGAUAGAGAGAGAGAGAGACAGAGAGAAAGAGAAACAGAGAGAAGGAUAGCAAGUGAAAUAGGGGACAGAGGGAUUGAAAAGCUAUUGUAGAAGGAAGAGGAGACUCUACUGGCUGUGUCGGAUCAGCAGCAGCUGUUGGAUAUUCCUGUCUUCCUGUCUAUGGUGGCGGGUUGAAGAUCCAGACCAAUAGACAGGAGAGAUGGAGAGGUCCAAGAAGAGGACCAACAGAAGAGCUUACCUCCCCCGCAGCAGUACCCUUAGCCAAGGCUAGGAGCUCCACACCAACACCCACUGUAAACCCUAAGGCAUUUUGAACUCAAAUACUUAUACCAGCCCUCCCUGGCACCAGUAUGCGGCCCCCAGCCCCCCUUUCUCCCCCCUCAGGGCUGCUGCUGUUGCUGGUCUUCUGCCCCCUAGUGGUGGUAGCGCAGGCCAGCAGCAGUAAGACGGAGAGCGGACACAGCACACACCAUGGAGACACAGACCGCUGUAUGAGGCAUCACUUCGUGGAGACCAUCACACACUCCAUCUACAAGUGCCACUCAAAUAUGGUGUUGCUAGCUCGGUGCGAGGGCCACUGCAGCCACACGUCCCGCUCCGACCCUCUCAUCUCCUUCAGCUCGGUGUUGAAGCAGCCCUUCAAGAGUACCUGUUUCUGCUGCAGGCCCCACACCUCCAAGCUGAAGGCUGUGAGACUCCGCUGCGCCGGAGGGACCCGCAUCACAGCAACCUACCGCUACAUCCUCGCCUGCAACUGUGAGGAGUGCAGCUGAGCUGGGAAAAUACCUUUUUAAACUUUAGAACUCUAGAACCGUCUCCUCGAGAAAGUUUCUGCACCUGCGAGUCGACAGAUGUGAAGAGUGGAAUUCUAGAACUUGUAAAUUAGAAGAACCUGAACCUUUGUAGAACCUAUAAGUCCAGGCUCUACCCAUGGACCGAGCCAGUGUUUUGGUCCCUGUAUAAUGAUUAAAUUACAAUGAUUUAACUUCACCUGGCCUUCAUUUGCAAGUAGUGGAACCCUUAGAGCCCAAUAGAACUCUAGAACCUGAGAGUAUAGGCUAGACCCAUGGACGAAUCUAGAACCGUCAUGCCUGUUUGUGAUGAGGACUCCAGCGCCCCAACGACUAUCUGCCUUUUAGAAUGUUGUUCCUAGGGAAGGGAGGCAGGAGAUUUCAGAACCAAUAAUAAUAAUGGAUUGGAUUUACAUAGCGCAUUUCUACCAACUGAACUACUCCAAGCGCUUUACAUAGUAACUCACCUCAUACACCACCUGGAGGAAUGUACCAUUUCAAGGUUCUACAUGUGUUUCUAGACCUGACUGAGAAGUCAGUCAUGAGAUCCUUCAUUCUUCUUGGCUCUUUGUCAAACUGCUUUGUCAAUCCUCUAAAUAUACCACUUAUCAGUCUGGACCAAGAGUUACCUGAGCUCCUGUCCUCAUCCAGUAGCUCAGUCCUCAAACUAAGACUCAUUGGGAACCCUGUUCCCAAAUUCUGUGUGUCUAGAACCAAGAGAACACUCGGCUCCUCAAGGCUCCCAGAAGGAGCUAGUUCUGCUAAUCCAUCGAGGGUAGAUGACAUUUCCCAGAAUCCUCUGGAACACUGUCUUCUCCCUCAUGUGUUCAGCCCCAAAAACAAUUAACUGCUUUUUCGGUUUCAGCCAAACUCUCAACACUCAUUACAAGCAACAACAACACAUAUGCAUAUGUAUACGCUCGUAUUCAAUCACUCAUCACCUCUCUAAUUACACACACUGUCUCCCCACUCUCACCACUAAUUACAUCUAUAAAUGUAUGGUGCCGACGUCAUUAAACCCAACAGCACAAAAUGCAUAAAUAAAAGCAGCAUGGGACAGAGCAGGCCGUGUAUCCUAUGAGAUACAUGUGUAAUGACUGUGCUUAACUACACCUUCCCCCUGUCUCCUAGCCAGGCCAUAAACAUGUAACAUACUCCACCAGAUCUUCACCUACAGUUGAAGUCGGUAGUUUCCAUACACCUUAGCCAAAUACAUUUAAACUCAGUUUUUCACAAUUCCUGACAUUUAAUCCGAGUAAAAAUUCCCUGUCUUGGUUCAGUUAGGAUCACCACUUUAUUUUAAGAAGGUGAAAUGUCAGAAUAAUUGUAGAGAGAAUGAUCUAUUUCAGCUUUAAUUUCUUUCAUCACAUUCCCAGUGGGUCAGAAGUUUACACACUCAAUUAGUAUUUGGUAGCAUUGCCUUUAAAUUGUUUAACUUGGGUCAAAUGUUUCGUGUGGCCUUCCACAAGC